GGCGAGCGGCGGCGGUGGCGGCGCGGCGCUGCCGGGGAUGCGGCUGUGCGUGCACGUGAUGGAGGCACGGGGGCUCCCGGCGGCGCACCUGGGCGGCGGCUGUAGCGAUCCCUACGUGCGGCUGCAGCUGGGGCGGCGGAGGGCGAAGACGACGGUGGUGAGUCGGUGCCUCAGCCCCGUGUGGGACGAGGAGUUCGCGUUCCUCGUCGGCGACGCCGCGGAGGAGGAGGGGGAGCUCGUCGUGUCGGUGCUCAACGAGGAGGGGUACUUCACCGGCGGCUUCCUGGGGCGGGUCAAGGUGCCGCUCGCCGCCGUCAUGGAGGCGGAGGGACGCUCCCUCGGCACGGCGUGGUACCAGCUGCAGUCCAAGGGCGGCAGGUUUAGGAGGAAGAGGCGCGUUGCAGGUGAAAUUUGCCUGAGGAUUUACCUGUCGGUUAGUACAGCCAUUUGUGAUGGAUCGAGAAAUGUGCCGAUGCAGCUUAUCAAUGAUACACCGUGCAGCUCAAUGAGGUCAGUUGGAACUAAUGCCUCAUCUUUAUCGGCUUCUGUUAGUAGCCGCGAUCUGUCAUCCUGUGGUAGCAUGGGAAGGACAUCGUGCAGCAGUAUGGAUAGGUUGAACCAGGGCAUCAUGGAUCAACAAGGCCGUCGAAGUGUAGAGCAACUAUCCUGUAUCAGCACAGAAAGAUCUGUUCUUUUGGAGCCCGAGGAAGAUGACAAUGAUGCCACCACCAAUGCAUCAUCAGUAGUGGAGGUCAUGUCUCGCUACUUCUGUCGGAAACCUGUUGAUGCUGCUCCUUCUGUUACAUCAGAUUAUGAGUGCACAAAUCAGUUUCAAGAUACGCAAAUAAACUCUGAAUCUUGCGAAAAUGGUGAUAAUGGGACGCUGCCUGGAACUAGUUUAAAUGAGCUAAUGAAAUCACUGGAGUCUAAAGAUAAAGGUACUGAAAUACCGGAAAACUUGCGUGGUGGUAUUCUCGUGGACCAAUCUUAUGUCAUUCCACCAGGUGAAUUGAAUUCCCUGUUGUUUUCUGCACAUUCAGAUUUCUGGCCUGCAGUUGCAGAAGUUCAAGGGUUAAGUGGAUUUCAAACUGAGCCCUGGAAAUAUGUAAACAACGAUAUAUGUUUGAAAAGAAAUUUAAGUUAUACAAAAGCUGCAAGCAAAUUAGUUAAAUCUGUGAAAAUCACAGAAGAGCAGACAUACUUAAAGGCAGCUGGAAAUUCUUUUGCUGUUCUUUCCAGUGUUAGCAGUCCUGAGGUUCCCUGCGGUAAUUGUUUCAAGGUGGAGAUUCUGUACUGUAUAACACCAGGUCCACAACUGCCAUCUAAAGAGCAAACAUCGCAUCUUACUAUAAGUUGGCGUGUAAACUUUGUCCAGAGUACAAUGUUGAAAGGAAUGAUCGAGAGUGGGACAAAACAAGGCCUCCGAGAGGGAUAUGCACAGUUUGCUGAAAUACUGUCCCAGAAAACCAAAGUAAUUGCUCCUGAUGAUGCGAACUUGAGCAAAGACGAGAUUUUAGGCUCACUGCAGACACAGGAAGAAUCAAUCUGGAAGCUGGCUGCCCGCUUCCUUGGAAACUUUGCAUUCAUAUUCUCUUUCAGCAUGGCACUAUAUGCCGUUGCACAUCUUCGACUAGUCAGGACAAAUAUGGUGCAUGGGCUCGAAUAUUUUGGUAUUGAUCUCCCAGAUUCAGUUUGGGAGGUUGUGUGUGGUGCCAUUUUGAUCAUUCAGGGGCAGAAUAUCUUCAAAGCAGGACGGCGGUUUUUUUAUGCAUGGAAACAAAGUGGUAGUGAUCAUGGGGUCAAAGCUCAUGGUGAUGGUUGGUUGCUGACUGUUGCACUUAUUGAAGGAAGCGGUGUAGUAGGUGCAGGUACACCUGGCUUGCCUGAUCCUUACGUUGUUUUUACAUGUAACGGAAAGAGGAAAACAAGCUCAGUUAAAUUCCAGACAUCCGAACCGAAAUGGAAUGAGAUAUUUGAAUUCGAUGCAAUGGAUGAUCCUCCAUCAAGGUUGGACGUGGUUAUUCAUGAUUCAGAUGGACCAUUUAAUGAAAAUCCUAUUGGUCAAAUAGAAGUAAACUUUUUGAAGAACAAUUUGUCAGAUUUGGGCGACAUGUGGCUUCCUCUUGAUGGAAGGUUUCCCCAAGGAUGUGAGCCUAAGUUACACUUACGAAUCUUUUUGAACAACUCGCGUGGGACUGAAAUUGUUAUGAAUUAUCUAGCAAAGAUGGGGAAAGAAGUAGGUAAGAAGAUGCAGUUGCGGUCUGCUCAGACAAACUCAGCGUUCCGUAAGCUUUUUAGUCUUCCUCCAGAAGAAUUUCUUAUCGAUGAUUUCACCUGUUAUCUAAAGCGGAAAAUGCCACUUCAGGGCCGCAUUUUUCUCUCCCCAAGAAUACUUGGAUUCUAUUCCAAUAUAUUAGGUCGAAAAACCAAAUUUUUCUUUCUUUGGGACGACAUCGAUGAUAUCCAGGUUGCUCCACCAACCCUAGCAAAAGUUGGAAGUCCAUCCUUGAUGAUAAUUCUCUGUAAGGACAGAGGUCUAGAAGCCAGACAUGGAGCCAAAACACUGGAUCCUCAAGGGAGACUGAAAUACCAUUUCCAGACAUUUGUUUCAUUCAAUGAUGCUCACAGAAUUAUCAUGGCACUUUGGAAAACGAGGUCAGUGGGUCUAGAGCAGAAGGGAGAGAUGAUCGAUAAAAAUCCUGAACCAAAACAGCUCCCCUGUGAAGAAGGUUCUCUAUUGGCCAAUGAAGAUGUAAAAAUGUCAGAAGUCUACUCGGCAGUUCUUUCUGUCGACGUCAAUGCUUUGAUGGAUAUGUUCUCUGGAGGCCCAUUGGAGCACAAGGUGAUGCAGAAAGCUGGUUGCAUCGACUACUCACCUACAGAAUGGGAGCUAUUAAACCAAAACAUGUACCAGCGGCAAAUCAGCUUUAAGUUUGACAAAAUCUUGUCGCGUUUUGGAGAGGCAUCAACUACUCAGAGAAAAUACAACUUGAUGAAUCGGGAUGGCUGGGUCAUUGAGGAGGUGAUGACCCUCCAGGGCGUUCUACAUGAAGACUAUUCCAGUAUCCAGCUCAAGUACCAUAUGACUAGCACAUCCUUGAAACCAAGCACCUGCAGCGUUCAAGUCUCGUUAGGGAUUGUUUGGCUGAAGGGAGCUAAGCAGCAGAAGAAGGUUGUGAAGAAUGUCAUGUCAAAUUCUGCCAACAGGUUGAGGGAGAUAUUUUCAGAAGUUGAGAAGGAGCUUGCAUCAAGAAAAGGUGUCGCUUUGAACUGUCCAAACUAAUUCCCCCUGGUAGUCAGUUUUACUGAAUUGACUCCGGAUUCAGCCUAACCUAUUUUUUUCGGGUGCCGACGAUAAAGGUCUAUAGAGAUUAAAUUUAACAUCCCAUCGUAUAAUUAGAGCAAUUUUAUCAUCCUUAAGAAGGUAUUAUGAGGUAUCACUGUUUUCUAUUUAAAAUUUGGUAUCUUCUAGUAUCUAAGGUACCAAAUUUUAUAUAGAAAAUAAUUAUACCUCCUAAAGAAUGGGAAAAAUGCUUAUGUAAUUAACCCUGUAGAAAUAUUGCAAACCAGUGCAUUACCGUCUCCAGUGCUCUUUUUACUGACCCAGCUGCUGCUCUGACGUAAAGCAAUGUGAUUUUC